AACAAGUAAAAGUGGGCGGGACUUCCGGUGCUGCGACUCGGGAAUUGAGAAGCUACCGGGUGUUGUGGUAGCGACGACAUGGCUCCUACUAUACAGACGCAGGCCCAGCGGGAGGACGGGCACCGAUCCACUGCACACAGGACAGUACCAGAACGGUCAGGAGUUGUCUGUCGUGUGAAAUAUUGCAACACUCUUCCUGAUAUCCCCUUCGACCCAAAGUUUAUAACUUACCCUUUUGAGCAGAACAGGUUUGUGCAGUACAAAGCCACAUCUUUGGAAAAACAACAUAAGCAUGACCUCCUGACUGAGCCAGACCUUGGUGUCACCAUCGACCUGAUUAACCCGGACACAUAUCGUAUUGAUCCCAAUGUUCUUCUGGAAUAUGCUGAUGAAAAACUUCUGGAAGAAGAAAUCCAGGCUCCAAGCAGCUCAAAGAGGUCUCAGCAGCACGCCAAGGUGGUACCAUGGAUGAGAAAGACUGAGUACAUCUCUACUGAGUUUAACCGUUAUGGUAUUUCCAAUGAGAAACCGGAAGUCAAGAUUGGAGUCUCCGUGAAGCAGCAAUUCACAGAAGAAGAUAUAUACAAAGACAGGGACAGUCAGAUCUCUGCUAUCGAGAAGACAUUUGAGGAUGCUCAGAAGCCUAUCACUCAGCAUUACAGUAAGCCACGGGUCACUCCAGUGGAGAUCAUGCCAGCGUUCCCAGACUUCAAGAUGUGGAUCAACCCAUGCGCUCAGGUAAUCUUCGACUCAGACCCAGCUCCCAAAGAUGCCUCUGGGUCAGCUGCACUGGAUAUGAUGUCACAGGCCAUGAUCAGAGGUAUGAUGGAUGAAGAGGGCAACCAGUUUGUGGCGUACUUCCUUCCUGGAGAAGAAACAAUGCGUAAGCGCAAGAGAGACCAGGAAGAAGGCCUGGAUUACAUGCCUGAGGAUAUAUAUGAUUAUAAGAUUGCUAGAGAGUACAACUGGAACGUGAAGAACAAGGCCAGCAAAGGCUACGAGGAAAAUUACUUUUUCAUUUUCCGAGAGGGUGAUGGUGUGUACUAUAAUGAGCUGGAGACCAGAGUGCGGCUGAGCAAGAGGAGGGUAAAGGCUGGCGUACAGUCUGGCACAAAUGCUUUCUUGGUGGUUAAACACAGAGACAUGAAUGAGAAGGAGCUGGAGGCACAGGAAGCCCGCAGAGCUCAGUUGGAGAACCAUGAGCCAGAAGAGGAAGAGGAGGAGAUUGAGGUGGACCAUGAUGUCCAAGUCUCAGAUGCUGAAAAUAAAGAAAAGGACAGCGAAAGUGAGAAGGAGGGCAGCGCUGCAGAACAGUCUGAGAGCGAAAGCGAACGUGAAGAUGCAGAGGAGGAAAAGAAAGAGCAAGAGGAGGACAAGGAGAGUAGCGAGGAAGAUCGUGCCGCACGUGAUAAAGAGGAGAUCUUUGGCAGCGAUGACGAAGAAGACAGUGAUGACGAUGAGAAAAAGGAGAGUGGGGGAGAUGAGGAUGAGAGCGGUAGUGAAGACGAGAGAAAGAGCCGGGGGAGGAGUCGCAGCCGGAGCCGAAGCCGAAGUGCCAGUAGUAGUCCUUCUGGUAGUGAUCACACUCGGCAAGAUAAUGAUGAUCGCAGUGGCAGUGAACAGGGCUUUGGGUCUACAGAUGGCAGUGAUAGUGACUGAGCCCUCCUCCCACAUCCUUUGACCUUUUUGAGUUUUGUGUAAAUGUACAGCUGUAUUAUACUUUCUUUGUUUAAUAAAAAGUUUUCCCGAA